UCGCCCUCUAGUUUCUCGGCAGUUGAAAAAGCUUCCUAUGUGAGCCACUGCUCUGUAUGGGAGGAAACCGAGGCACCAGCAGAUGUUCUCUCGUUCGGGGCCCAUUCUCUAGCUUGGGGAGAAGGCACUUGCUGGGCAGAGGCGGCCGGAGAGACACGCGAUGGGGAGCCCGAGGCAGCUUCUGUGUGUGGUGGGAGCUGUCCUCCUCUGCAGCGUUGGGGGCGAGCUGCCCGGGGAGGGAAGCAAUGACAGACCCAUCAUUGGGAUAUUGGCACGACCUAACCACAUGAAAAGUCUCCAAGGCUACGGAAAGUAUUACAUUGCUGCUUCAUAUGUACAAUAUCUGGAGUCGGCAGGUGCAAGGGUUGUGCCAAUCAGGUUAACACUUUCAGAUGAAGAAUAUUAUCACCUUUUCCAGUCUAUCAAUGGGAUACUUUUUCCUGGUGGAGUUGUCCUUCUUCCAACUUCAAAAUAUACCAAUGUAGUCCAACUGUUUUAUGACAAGGCCCUGAAGGCUAAUAAAGAAGGAGAUUAUUUUCCCAUUUGGGGAACGUGCCUUGGAUUUGAAGAGCUUACUGUCUUGACCAGUGGGAAAAAAUUACUAACUUUGACCAAAACCAAUGGAAUUGCCUUGCCAUUAAACUUUACCAAAGCUGUGAAUGAAAGUAGGAUGUUCCAGAAUUUCUCUAAGGACUUGAUAGAGGCAUAUGCAACAGAACCCCUAACUUCAAAUUUUCAUGAGUGGAGCCUUUCCUUGAAGAAUUUUACACUGAAUAAGGAGCUAAGUGAGUUUUACAGAGUUUUAUCUACAAAUACAUAUGAAGACAUUGAAUUUAUCUCCACAAUGGAAGCUUAUAAAUACCCCAUUUAUGGUGUCCAGUGGCAUCCGGAGAAGAGUGCUUUUGAAUGGAAGAAUUUAACGGGUAUAGUCCAUUCACCAUUAGCUAUUAAAACUUCAUUCUACAUGGCAGACUUCUUUGUAAAUGAAGCUCGAAAAAGCCAUCACCAUUUUGCAAGUGAAGAUGAAGAAACUAAGGCAUUGAUUUAUAAUUACACUCCUGUUUUCACUGGGAAUGAGUCUUCAUUUCAGCAAUGCUAUUUUUUCGAUUGAAUGUCCUUGGAAAAUUUUGUUUUUUGGAUGCUCUUUACUUUUAUAUUACUAUCACUUUCCAAUAAUCACAUGACUUACUGCACUCUCCAAAUGGAAUCCUCCCUCCCAGUGAAAACAAAUCAACAUAUGGGCCAUGUCUGGAAAAGUGUGAGACAUUCCCAUGAGACUUCACUUUCUGCUGGUCCUCAGAAUCCUGAGAUUCUGCUAGGAGAGGACAAGUAGUGGUAAAGAAUAGACACUAAAGGAGAAAUUCUGAAUACAGAGCACUUGUUUGCAGCAUGGAAAGAAGGAAUAGGCAUAUGGAGAAACUACCCACCUUGCAUUUUAUAUGGAGUUAAAGGGGAUACCUUAAAUUUAUCCUCCUAAGGAGAUCCUUGCCAGAAAUUCGGAAAUUGCAAUCUGGUGUGUGCAUGACACACAUAGGUAACAGACCUUGGACAUUCAGAGUCUUGAAAACUUUGCAACAUAUACAUUGUACAUGUGGAAUGUAGUAGUGAUGUAUUUGUAAGUAAACAAUAUUUUUGUUUUAAAACUUAAA